AUGCAAGCUGAAAAGGAUGCCUCAGCAAUGCUGCUGCUGCAACCGCAGCAGCAGGGGCAGGAGCAGCAGGAGGAGCAGCAGCAGGGGCAGGAGCAGCAGGAUGAGCAGGAGCAGCAUCAGGAGCAGGAGCAGCAGCAGGAGCAGGACCACAAGCAGGAGCUUUCCACUGCAGCGGGGAACUCCGCAGAGGCACUCACAGCCACUCCCAGCCCACAGCAGCAGCAGCAGCAGAUGAUGAUGAUGCAGCAAGCAGAGCAACAGCCGAAACAGGAGGAGCAACAGCAUACUCCUCAGCUUCUACAGCCCCACAACCAUGCCCACCAACAGCAACAGCAACAACAGCAGCAACAGCAGCAGCAGCAGCAGCAGCAGCAGGAAAUAAAUGGUAUAAUAACAUGGAAUGUGGCGGGAUACAGUGGAGUCACCACGAUUGUACGGGAGGGUUUGACAUGCAGGGCAGACUCGCAGCCCUUUAGCCGUUUCCUCCCCCCCCUACAGCCAGCAGCAGCAGCAGCAGCAGUAACAGCAACAGCAGCAACAGCAACAGAAGCAUCCACAGAAGGUGCAGACCCUAGUAUAAGCCCAGCAAAUACAGAAGCGGCAGAAACAGCAACAGAAAGCACCACAACAGCAGCAAAUGCAGGAACUGCAGCAACAGCAGCAACAGCAGCAGCAGCAGCAGCAGCAGUAGAUUUGUCCGAUGUAUUUGUCUCCCUUGGCUACCCCCAAACCCUUGGUGGUUCAUCAUUUCGCUGCAGGCCUCUCCCCGUCAGCUGCAGCAGCACAGCAGCAGGAGCAACAGCAGCAGCAGGAGCAGCAGGAGGAACAGGAGGUGGGCCCCAUACGCAUAUGGAUGCAGAGGGUAGGGCCCUUAUAACAGAGCAUGCAGGAUUAAUUAUUAUUAAUGUUUAUUCUCCUGCUAGUGGUUAUUGUUGGGGAAGACUUCCUUAUAAACUUCAUUUCUUACAUGGAUUAAGGGCAUUACUUAUACAACAAAGGUUGUUGCGUCGCAAGCCAGUGGUGUUAUUAGGAGAUCUUAAUGCAACAACAAACUGCAAAGAUGUGUCCGUCCUUGAUGCUGUUGUCAACCUUCGUGACUUAUGGCCAGCCCCACAGGCAGCAGCAGCAGCAGCAGCGGGAGCAGCAGCAGCAGCAGCAGAAGGAUGGCAGCCAUGCGCAGCACUGUCACCCUCGCUGCAGCAGAAGCUGCAGAAGGGGGGCCCCCUUAUAGAGCGUCUAUUAAGAGAUCCACAGACGUAUGAGAUAAGGCAGUCUCAGGCUGCUGCUCCUAAGCAGCAGCAGCAACAGCAGCAGCAGCAGCAGCAGCAGCGGCAGCAAGCGGGCAGACGGCGUCAGGGUUUGUUUCGCUUUUUCCUUAAACCGCCAGGGCUAAGGCCAAAACAAAUAGGGAGACCCUUUGAUUCGGAGGCAGAGGCACGCAUGCAUCUAUCUUUGUCUGCAUGGGAAGUCCCUGUGACUAAAGAGACAAUUUGUGGGGUCGCCUCCUCCCCACAGCUUGUCGUGGAGUCGCCUCUGGGAUCGCCUAGGGGACCGAUCCCGGGAUCGGGAUCGGGAUCGCCUGCGGGAUCGAUCCCAGGAUCGGGAUCGCAACCGGGAUCGUCUCCGGAAUCAAUUUCCGAGUCUCAGGGAUCGACUCAGGGAUCAACUCAGGGAUCGACUGUGGGAUCGUAUGCGGGAUCGUCUCAGGGAUCGUCACUGGGAUCGUCUGUGGGAUCGUCUGUGGGAUCGUCUGUGGGAUCGUCUGUGGGAUCGUGUGGUGUUGGUGUUACGGAGUGUGGGGCGGAGGCAUUUAACUUUCGCUUCCUCUGUAGACUGCCGCUAAGCAAAGGAGAAGAAAAAGAAGAAAAAGGAGAAAAAGAAGAAGAACAUAAAGAGACAAUUGAGUGUAUCUACGCAUACACUCCUGAUGGUAAAGGAGGAAGAAGUUGGAUAUGCAAGGAAGCAAAUCGUCUGUCUUUGCUGCACUUAGCUGAUUGCUUCAGCGCUAUUCAGUGUUCUUUUUUUUGUGUUUUUAACGAAAAAAAUAAAUAA